AUGGUCAAUAUUCGAGUUCCAGUUAACACAUUAGCUGAACUACAGGACAGGAUUUUUAGAGUCAAGGUGAAUGGAACAACAUCUAGUCAGCAAUGUCAAGAGAAUGGUAUAGUUCAAGGCGGCGUUCUCAGUACAACUUUAUUCGACGUAGCAAUACAGGAGGUGGUGAAGAGUGUGUCAGAACCAGUAAAAAUUCUGUUAUUUGCUGAUGAUUUUACAAUAUUCGUAUCCGGCAAAAAUGUACUUACACUACAACUGCUGAUACAACAAACCAUAAAAGAAAUAGAAAGGUGGAGUUCUUCAACUGGUUUCAGUUUUUCUACUCAGAAAACGAAGGCAGUUAUCUUCUCCAAAAGCAGAAAUAAAGAAACAAUUGAACUUCAGCUGAAUAACCACACUAUACACCAAGGGAAACAAGUGAAAUUUUUAGGAAUGAUUUUUGAUGACAAACUAACAUGGAAGCAGCACAUAGACAGCAUAAAGAUCAAUUGUACACAAGGCCUAAAUAUUAUAAGAGUACUCUCACAUCACACAUGGGGGGCUGACAUAGACAGCCUCACGACCAUCUACAAAAGUCUCAUCAAAUCUAAACUGGAAUAUGGUUUUCUAGCUCACCUCAAUACAAGUAAAACAAACAUAAAAGUUAUCCAAAGGAUAGAGUCCAAGGCCCUACGAUUGAUUACAGGAGCCUUCUGUACAACCCCCAUUAAGAGCCUGUACUGUUUAUUAGGAGAAUUACCCCUUGAGCACCGCUUCAAAAAAACAACAAUUAACUACGCUAUAAAGAGAACCACCCACCCUACUCACCUUAAUCAUGAACUGAUUUCCCUAAACUAUUUUGAAGAUAUAUACCACAAAAACCCAAAUAUAAGGCCAUCCUUUCAUCGUAGAUUGAGUUGCUACUUAAAUGAUAUAAACUAUGUCAUUCCUGACCUGCUUCAGGCGUAUAACAGCCAUACACCGCCUUGGAUCGUCCCUACAGCUCACACUAACACCAGGCUUACAAAGUACUGCAGAAACCACAUAAACCAACAAAUAAUUCACAACCAUUUCAAGAGUAUACAGGAUGAAUAUAUCAACGCACAAUUCUAUUAUACUGAUGCAUCAUCAACAGACGGAGGAGAAACAGUUGGAUUCGCGGUAGUUAGUCCUAGAGAAAUUAGAAAAUACAAGAUGGAAGGAAGUGUAUUCUCAGGAGAAUUGACGGCAAUACACCACGCACUUUUAGAAAUACUCGAUGAGCAACAUGAACAAGCCCAAUACGUAGUAUGUACAGACUCCUUGAGCGCAAUUAAAAUCAUCGAACAAACAUACCCCCGUCACCCUCUGGCCCAACAAAUACAACAUCUACUUUACCUACUACACCAGCGUCAUAGAACAGUCACCUUCAUAUACGUACCCUCACAUACCGGAAUAAGGGGAAAUGAGUUAGCAGAUGAAGCAGCUAAAGAGGCACUUGAAAGCCAACACUGUAAGAGAGUCUUCAUUGGAGAAGAAGCCAAUAUUCAGGUGAAGAGGAAAAUAGAAAGCAAAUGGCAAGAAGAAUGGAUAGAUAGCCCAUCACAUCUCAAAAACGUUAAGCCAACCCCAUUGAGAAAAUCAUUUUACCCAAGCGGACGCAGAAACCAGAUUAAAGUAAGCCGCUUGAGAAGUGGACACACAAAACUAACACAUGGAUUCCUGCUUUCAAGAGAAGAACCUCCACAGUGCGACCUAUGUGAAACACGAGUGACAGUUAAACACGUAAUAAGUGAGUGCACAAAAUUUCAGGCAAAACGGCAUGAGUGCGGAGUGAGUGCGCGGAUAGAAGUUGCGUUGGGAAAUAACAACAAAGAACUAGAAAAGACACUUAACUUCCUCAAAGAAAUCGAACUUUAUUAUAAGAUAUAG